AUGAAGACACCGAACAGAAACUUGAGACAAGUAAACAACAAGCGCAGAAGACUUGAUAUUACUAUUUCACGUGGGCAUGCUACGACGCAGUAUUUAUUUUAUGCAAUACUCAAUACUGAUCUGCGUAUGAAUAUAGGAGUUGCAGCAGAAAAUAUUGCAAAUGCUUUGCUAAUCCUAUAUAACCAGUUGGAUACCGAUACAGUGAAAUACCAAUACGUUGAUAUUUGGGCAAAAAGCGGACGAAGGAUAACGAUUCUGAAGGGAUAUGAUCACAAACAUCUGAAAUACUUAGAGAAUGAGCUACAAUUUAUGGCACUAGGUACUCACGCACUUCGACAAAUUUGGGGACGCAAUAGAGCAAUUGUAGUGUUAGCGGUUUUCGGACAAAAAGAGGAUAUGGACGAAAUUUUUGAAGGAUUAUCAUAUUUACGGUAAUAUC